AUGUAUUUAAAUUUGAAAAAACGUCCUCAUCAACGUCCAUUUAUUCGACGUUUUCGUUCGUCGCUAACAAGUGCCAUAGUGAGCAGUGAUACAUCUACGUCUGAAACAUCUUUUAUUACACGAAAUACUACUGAAAAUUAUUCGACAAAAGAAAUUGAUCAUCUAGAAUUGUCUGUAUCGAAUGAACGAUUAUCUGCUCCAUUAUUGAGAGUCUAUUCACAAACAUCAGUCGUUUCCUCUUUGCCUUCUCCAUCGCUUCCAAAACGUUUUUUUCGUGUUGCGCGUUAUUCAAUUAACAAAACAAAUUCCAAAGAAUUACUUAUUGAACAUGAGCUGGGUGAAAAUGAAACGCGCCAUCGUCUCAUUGAAAUACGAACAAAUAAUAAUCAAGAAAAAAAUCCAAAUUUAAUAUUAGCAGCUGUUGCUUUUCUGAUAAAUCCACCCAUAGGCUUGACUGCAUGUAUUUUCGGCUGUUUAGCAAAAAAUCGUUAUGAAUCUUUAAAUCUAGACAGCGGUGUUGAAACGAGGAAUGAUAAUAAUCAUUAUCACGCAGUAAAUGAUGUAUAUCAUCACGCCGGGCGCUAUUCAAUUAUAUCAUACAUUUUAAGUAUGUUAGCAAUUGGUAUAACGGCUGUUGAAGGUAGACAAAUUGAUGAAGUCAUCUCAUGCAUGUUUCACACCAUUCUAUUUCAUCGAUGUGUUGGAAAAGGUGAAGAUAGUUAUUCUGUCGGUACGUUAGGCUACACAGAUGUUGAUUGUGAUUUUGUCGAUUGUACAUAUUUACAUGUGACAAGUCAAGAAUUACAACGUGCUGUUGCAGAAAAAAUAAGUCAAUUUCAUGACGCAUUACGAUCGUCGGAUGGUGCUCGUGCUGGUCAGAUUACACUUGAAUUUUAUCAAAAGAAAAAACAACGUUGGUUUAGUCCUGAAUCGGUACCAUGGGAAAUAUGGACAGUAAAAAUUGAAUUAAUGCAACUUACAAAUGAAAAUGAAAAACAGUUUUUGCGUGAAAAAUUGACCGAUAGUUUAAGUGAACGUGUGUUUCAAAUAACAGAAAUUAUUAAUCGUCCAGAUUAUGUUCCAAAACCACCACAUUUAUCCGAACUUGAUCUUGUAUUUGAUACAAACUAUGUAGAUAUUCAACCAUAUUUAUUCAAAAUUUCUUACAGUCUCGAUGGUCCACAAAAUUUGUCUGUUGGUUUAGCUAUGCGACGAUUAAUUAAAGAUGCCUUUGGGACAUCAGGUUUUAUCAACAUUAUGUAUCGACGACGCUCAUUGUUGAAUGUAUUAUCGCAAACUGAUCCAGUUUGGCGUACAAUUCAAAGACGUGUGCGUACAAAUUUGACAAGAAAAGACAAUGCUAAAGGAUUUGAAGAUUAUAUGAAUGAUAUGAAAAAUGCACGUUAUAAAAAACCGAACAUUAAACCACGUAUUGCUGGUUGGGAUCCCAUUCGAAUUGAAAUGUUAAAAGAUAAAAUAUACUACUGGUGUUCAUGUGGUUACAGUAAAGAACAACCCUUUUGUGAUACAGCAUGUAAGAGAGUGAAGGGUGAUUUUAUACCAGUAAAAUGUAUUCCAACUAAAUUACAAAUUGUCGAUUUAUGUAUGUGUAAGCAGACACAAAAGGCACCCUAUUGUGACGGUGCCUGUAAACAAUUCGGUUUAUUCGGGAAACCUAAUAUACAGUCUACAACAGCUAUGCAAAAUACACCAAAACAAUUAAAAGAAUAUUUUGGUAACUGGGCAACAGGUCUACAAAAUUUGAAAGAAAAUCUGAAAGACCGACAAAAAGAACGUGAAAGAGAUGAGCGAGAACGAAUUAUCAGAGAAAAACGAGCCAGAAAUAAUGAUGAUUGA